UUACCGAUCCAGCACCUUCCUCUCAGCCAUGCCGCGCAUUUACAUCGGGAGGCUGAGCUACCACGUCCGGGAGAAGGACAUCCAGAGGUUUUUCGGCGGAUACGGCAAGCUGCUAGAAGUCGACCUAAAAAAUGGAUAUGGUUUUGUAGAGUUUGAGGACUCGCGAGAUGCAGACGAUGCUGUGUACGAGCUGAAUGGCAAAGACCUGUGUGGGGAGCGUGUCAUUGUGGAGCAUGCUAAAGGACCUCGUAGAGACAGAGAGGGAUACAGCAGCUAUGGAAGUCGCAGUGGUGGUGGUGGAGGAGGAGGAGGAGGAGGAGGAGGAUACAGGAGCCAGCGGUCAGGCAGAGAUAAGUAUGGCCCUCCUGUGCGUACGGAGUUCAGGCUCAUUGUGGAGAACCUCUCCAGCCGAUGUAGUUGGCAGGACCUUAAGGAUUUUAUGAGGCAGGCUGGUGAAGUCACCUAUGCAGAUGCCCACAAAGAGCGUACCAAUGAGGGUGUAAUAGAAUUCAGAUCUCACUCUGACAUGAAAAGAGCUCUGGAGAAGCUGGAUGGAACUGAGAUAAAUGGAAGAAAGAUUAGGCUUGUUGAGAGCAGGACUCGUCACAGAAGGUCAUACUCUGGAAGUAGAUCAAGGUCACGAUCCAGGAGCAGGAGAAGAUCAAACAGCAGGAGUAGACACAGCAGCCACAGUAGAUCCAGGAGUAGGUCUCGCUCCCCUGCCAAAAAGAGCAGAUCCCAUUCACCUGCUAAACGAAGCCAAUCGCACUCUCCUGCUAAGAGCCAGUCCAGGUCUAAAUCAAGAUCUAGAAGUAAGGAGCGUUCUCUGUCAAAGCAGAGGAAGUCUAGAUCAAAGAGCAAGCCAAAGUCUGAACAUGGAUCCAGAUCUCGCAGCUUGUCCAAAGGGAAGCAAGAGAGGUCGCCUAGUGUGUCCAAGGGAAAGCGAGGCAGAUCACGUAGUCGGUCCAAAGGCAGAUCUGAGGGCUCUCGUAGCCGAUCAAAAAGGGAAAGAUCUCGCAGCAGAUCCAGGGGAAAGAGGGAGCGGUCUAGUAGCCGUUCUAAGAGCAAGAAGGAGCGAUCUCGUAGCCGUUCCAAGGGCAGAAGGGAGAGAUCUCACAGCCACUCAAAGGGCAAGAGGGAGCGAUCCCGCAGCCGUUCCAAGAGCACGCGGGUUCGUUCUCGUAGUCGCUCCAAAGGCCAGAGAGAACGUUCCCGCAGCGGCUCCAUUGAUAACCAGGAAGUCUCUGAAAGUCAUUCAAAGAGUAAACAGGAAAGGUCCUCCCACAGCAGAUCGAGGUCCAACUCCCCAGUCCACUCGCCAAAGGAAAAUGGAAAUGGAGGUACCCGAUCGCGUUCAAGAUCCCCAUCUGCACCUUUUGUCACCAAUGAGGACUCUGUUUCUCCUCCCCCUCGAGCUGCUUCUGCUGCCAGUUCUCGGUCUCGCUCAAGCUCUCGCGAAUAAAGGCAUUUCAUUAAAGGUGACCAGUGUUAGGACUCUGCCCCCACUACACUACCCCUUGUCAAAUACAGUGCGUAACGUUCUGGUGCUGACACAUCUAUGUGAAACCUUAUUCUUUAUCUGGUAGAGUGGAUAACACUUUU